UUCCGUCCCGCAGAGCUUGCCGGUUUCCUCGCGCUCGUUCCGCCUCCGCUGCGAUUCGGGCCGGUCGCGGCUUCUCCCGCCAGCUGCGCGUCAGGCGUAACGUGACAAAAAUGACAGAGUUCUGGCUGAUUUCUGCUCCUGGGGAGAAAACAUGUCAGCAGACGUGGGAGAAGCUAUUUGCUGCAACUACAAAAAAUAACAAUCUGUCCAUCAAUGCGAAGUUUAAUAUUCCAGAUUUAAAGGUUGGCACUCUCGAUGUCUUAGUUGGUUUAUCUGAUGAGCUGGCUAAACUGGAUGUCUUUGUGGAAGGUGUCGUCAAGAAGGUGGCACAAUAUAUGGCUGAUGUGUUGGAAGAUAGCAGAGAUAAAGUUCAGGAAAACCUUCUGGCCAAUGGAGUUGAUUUGAUCACCUACAUAACAAGAUUCCAGUGGGAUAUGGCCAAGUAUCCAAUCAAACAGUCUCUGAAGAAUAUUUCAGAAAUAAUUGCCAAGGUAAAAGACUAUGGAGCUUCUUUUUUCAGAAUGGUAUCCUCAAAGUACUCCAUUGAUAAGAGUUUUAAUCCAAAAACAUCAAGUGGGAUAAAUCACACUGAUUGGAUGAAGCAGUAUGAAACUUUGACAGAUAUGAUAGUUCCUCGAUCCAGCAAUAUUCUUCAUGAGGACCAGGAUAGUUAUCUCUGUAAUGUCACUUUAUUCAGGAAGGCAGUGGAUGAGUUCAAACAUAAAGCAAGAGACAACAAAUUUAUGGUCCGUGACUUUCAGUAUAAUGAAGAAGAAAUGAAGGCAGACAAAGAAGAAAUGAACAGGCUGUCUACUGAUAAGAAAAAACAAUUUGGGCCUCUAGUCCGGUGGCUAAAAGUGAAUUUCAGUGAAGCUUUUAUUGCAUGGAUUCAUGUGAAAGCCCUAAGAGUCUUUGUUGAAUCUGUUCUAAGGUACGGCUUGCCAGUUAAUUUCCAGGCUAUGCUCCUUCAGCCCAACAAGAGAACAAUGAAGAAAUUGAGAGAGGUCCUGUAUGAUUUGUACAAACACCUUGAUAGUAGUGCUGCAGCAAUCAUUGAUGCAACCAUGGAUAUUCCAGGUUUGAAUCUCAGUCAGCAAGAAUACUACCCUUAUGUGUACUACAAGAUAGACUGCAACUUGCUUGACUUCAAAUAGCUUAUUUCUGAAUCUAGUGAUCCUCUCAUAGUGUUGAUGUACAAGCAAAAAAGGUUGAAGAAUGUCGCUCCUAAAUCUCUCAUAAACCUGUGCUUGCUUCUUUCUCCCUUUGCAUAGGAGAAUAAUCUCCUUGGUGGUCAAUCCCUUGAUAUUUUCUUUUUAAAGAGAAAUGUAAUUAUUGUUUUUAAUAGAUCAGGUCUGUAAUUGUAUAUUGAGAGAAUCAAAAGUGUAUUUAUAAAUAGUCCUUUAUUUAAAGGGUAAGAAACAGAAGGAGGUCAUUCUGCUUUCAUGCCAUGCCUCAUCAAGACUUUGUUUAUACAACGAGAUAGUGGGGAAACAUGCCAUUGUUCAGUGUUUUUCAUAGAUGUGCUAUAAACAUUGUAAUUGAAUUGUGAUGUAAAAUAUGUGCAGACUGAUAUUCAGUCGAUGCUUUCUGAUGUUUUAAGUUUACAAGAUAUUAAGCACUGCAUCCACCCAAGAAAAUAAAAAACACCUGUACGAUU